AGAAUCUCUUCAAAAGACACCAUUUUAAUUAUAUAACAUUUAAGCCAUUGAUUUCUCCACUACUAUUAGUAUUAGUAAUGACUAAUACAAAAAAAAAAAAGUAAUGACUAAUACCAAAUUUUCUCUAUAGAUAUGAAAUAAAAAUCGAACCAUGACCACAUAUUGAAAAAACCCAAAUUUUUUAUCAGCGGCCAAUUCAUUGCUGUAUAUAUAUUAAUACCUUCUCCAUAAUCGAUUAAUCAAUUCACUUCACUGAUUCCUCAUCAUGGAUAUGUUCAAGCCAACCCAUGUGGUUCUACUCUCCAGCCCAGGCCUUGGGCAUCUCAUCCCCACCAUUGAGCUUGCUAAGCGCUUCCUCAUUCACCACAACUUCAAACUCACAAUCCUUGCCAUCACAUCUCAAAGCUCACAUGCAGAAUCACAAAUCCUAAAAUCAGCCACCAAUUCUUCUCUCUACACCAUCAUCCAAAUCCCAUCACCAAACAUUCCCUCCGACAUCUCUCUCACUGCCCGCUUAUGCGUCACAAUGCGCCACGCCAUACCUUCCAUCAAAUCUGCCAUUACAAACUUAACUGUUCGUCCUUCCGCCUUCAUCGUCGACAUAUUCGGAACAGAGGCUUUAACCUUAGCCAAAGAACUCAACAUUCCGAAAUUUGUUUAUGUAGCUUCUCAUGCUUGGUUUCUUUCCCUCCUCGUCUAUUCACCUGUUUUGGACAAACAAAUCAAAACACCCUACUUAGAGCAUAAUGAACUGUUGAAAAUCCCAGGAUGUAAACCGGUUCGACCUGAGGAUGUGAUUGACCCCAUGCUCAACCGAAACGACUCAGGGUAUAGUGAAUAUCUAAUUAUAGCGAACAAUUUGUCUAAAAGCGACGCUAUUUUAGUUAACACGUGGGAUGAGCUUCAACAUAGAGAGCUUAAAGCACUGAAUGGUGAAUUAUCGGGUUUAUUAAACGUUCCUGUAUUUGCAGUUGGACCCCUGGUGAGACAGCCAGAGUCAAAAACGGGUCAAGCUACCGAGUCAGUGAUAAAAUGGCUUGAUAAACAACCGAAGGAAUCUGUAGUUUAUGUUUCGUUUGGCAGCGGUGGAACGAUGUCGGAUAAACAAAUGAAAGAAAUAGCUCAAGGUUUGGAGUUAAGUGAACAAAGAUUUGUUUGGGUGGUGCGUGCACCUACGGGAAAAUCUGCGGAUGCGGCAUUUUUCACCACUGGAUGUAGUGACGGAUUUAAUGAUGAACUUGAUGAGAUUCAAAAACACUUACCCAAGGGGUUCUUAGAGAGGAUUAAGAAUGUGGGUUUGUUAGUUCAGGAGUGGGCCCCACAAGUAGCUAUUUUAAAACAUCCUUCGAUUGGUUGUUUUAUUUCGCAUUGUGGGUGGGGUUCUGCACUUGAGAGUUUAACCAAUGGUGUGCCUAUGAUUGCAUGGCCACUUUAUGCGGAGCAGAGGAUGAAUGCGGCGUUUCUGGUGGAGGAGCUUGGUGUAGCCGUGAAGACUACGGUUUCGCAGGCGAAUAAUGUGGUGGGUAGGGAGGAGAUAGCUACUUUGGUGAAAAAGGUAAUUUUGGGGGAACAAAAUAGUAAGAGCAACAAAGUGAGGGACAAAGCGAGAGAGAUCAAGGUGAGUGCAGAGAAAGCUUUGUGUCACGGUGGUUCUGCGUACACGUACUGCCCUAUCUCUUGUGGCAAAUAUAAUUGACAAACAAGAUUUCAUUUGCCUCUCAAAAAACAUGGAUACGAGGUGUCGUAUAAGAGUCAUAUAAUAAUAAAUAAUAA